ACUGCACGAGAUUCCCAUAGUUCCAGCUGUUCUGCCACCUUUUUCUCAUGAUUUCUCCAGUUCAUUCAACUGUUCCUCGAGCUUGGGCACCUGAACAUAUGCAGCGGCAAAAAUGGAUGUGAAACGCCCCAAAAGGCUGAACUUCAACGCACCCCUGUUGUCCACGAGGCGGACCGGUGGCCACUCCGGUAUUGAAGAACGGCGCGAUACGAGCAACAGGGUUCCUUUCUGCUGGGAACAGGCGCCUGGCAGGCCCAAAAACCCAGAGAGAAGCGAUAGAUUCGAUGAUGAAGCAGAGACGCCUCGCCCCAAACUCCCGCCGAGCAGGUGGCGACCGCCGAUUGAAUCAACUUACAACGGUGAUGGUCGUGAGAAAGAGGAUGAAAACGGUGAUGUUCUGUCACUAACGGAAGCAAUAGACAUCCUCGAAAGAGGAGAACACUUUCCUGUUUCCGACGGAUUUAAUUCGGAGGAUAGCAGUUCGGGUGGUAGUAAAAAUCCAUCGCCGAAUUUCAUAAUCGAGCGGUUUCUUCCGGAUGCCGCCGCAUUGGCUGCCGCAUUCUCCGCUCUAAACCCGAACGAGAAGCUUCGUCUUGCGAACGAUUAUCCAGAGACGCUUGUCACCAAAGCAGAUCCACCGAAGGGCUGCGGCCUGGAAAUAUUGUUGCCUUGGCACGUGAAGCACAGAGUCUGCGGUGUAAAGAGUCCGAUCAAGCAAAGCGCCGCCGUGCUGCAGCCCACUCCGAAAUUAAGUUCUGUAAAACAAAAGAAACAUCUUACUGCAGAAAAGAGAUGUAAAUAAUAUGAAUUUUUUUACAUUGCAUUACUUCUUGUAAGAUGAUAUACAGUUAGUGUUCCUCUUAUUUUCCCAAAAAAACAAAAAAAACUUUUCUUCGGCUUAUUUGUUGGUAAUAAUAUGACUAUUUUUAG